AUGGAAUCUGGAGAAGUAAAUAUCCCAGAGAAUUGCCCAAGCCGUAAGAAUAACUACGCUAUUUACGUUUUUGAACCUCUAGGCAAAGAUUUUCCACAAUCCACAUCUUCAAGAAAAAUAAAAUUUGAUAGAUACCAAGACCCUGAAAGGCCGAUAAAGACUUUUCUUAAGCAUAAACACAAAGGACUGAGAAGCGAGAACAGCUCAGUUGAAAGAGGAAAAAAAAUAAAGCUAAAGCGGCCUGAUUUAGUUAUUUCUACUGAAAAUAUUAUUUCGGUUCACAAAAACUCAGGUAGCUAUACCGAUACAAAUUUAACUGAGAUUUCGAAUCCAUCGUUGCCUUCAAAAGUAAAGCUAAAACUGAUAGAAAUUGAAGAAAAAAAAGGCAAACCUGAAAGAAAUUCAUCGAAAACAAUCCAUCAUAAAAAACAGCCAGAUUCUUCGAGCUCCCCAAAAAUCAACCAUAUGAAAAAGGCAAAAUAUAUUCGCCCAAAAGUCGCUGUUGAGCUAAGACAUUUUGAAGCAAGAGCAGAGGCAAAAUUAGAAGAUGAAGAUAAUUCUGUUUUGCUUCCGCCGAUAAAUUUGAAUCAUAAAGUAUGAAGUAGCAAAAAUAUCGAAAGAUUAUAUAUUUUUUUGAUUGAAUUUUGGGCAUUUCGGAUAAUAAAAAAAUACUUUUUUUGCGAUGAUUAAAGUUAUAUAGGAGAAUUAAUGGCUUCAAUUUAAGUUAAAGAGAACACACACCAAGUCAUCAUAAAGUUUCCAGUUUAACUCCUGCAGACACCCCAAAAGUGUGAGAUUUAUCUCCAAAUCCAUCAGGAACACAAACAAAAGCAAAAAGUAAGCCUUCGUCAAGGUCCAAAAGCAGCGCACCUUCUGAGAGGCGAAAAUUGCCUGCAAGAUUUCUAGCAUUAGACUAUAUUAGAUUAAAUUAAAUUGGGUUUUCAGAGUAUUCUGAUUCCUUCACCUUGCUGAAUUCGGCUCAAAGCACCCUAAGCCCUUGUUUGCAUGCAUGCAUGCUCUUUUCUUUAGAUAUCGCAAAAAAUAAUACACGUAAUAUGAGGGAUUGCCCAGUUACCAACUUUUAGUAUUACUGCUUUCAACUGGCAGAAUAUUGCCUCUCCAGAAGUUUGAGCUGCUGUUGUGCUGUGCUUUGUUAUGAUGUUUCAAGAAAAAAAGCCCUUCCAGUCAGGAGCAAAACCCAUCUUAGGCCUUCUGAAAAAAAAAAACUGUCCUGCAUGCCCCAGGCUAAGGUCAGCUCUGUGAUAUGGAAGAUAGUCUCCAUUUUAAUAAAAUUUUUGCAUUAGAAGAAAUUGAACACAAAAUCGGGAUUAGCAAAGACCGCAGCUUUAAGCUGAAAAGUCAUGUAAAGCUCGAUUUAAAGCUUAUAAGAGAGCAUGACGAGCAAAACCUAAAAGAACAAUUAGAAAAAGAUAAAAAUACAAGAUGGUAUAUUGAAAAUCUAAAGAAACACAGCAUUUUAAAAAGUAUCAAAGAAUUCGGUGAAACCUGGGACUGGAACACCCCAGGCUCAAGCCCUAAUCACACAAAAUCUGUGCGGUUUCAGCAAGAACUUGAAAAUCAUAUUUAA